AUGGAAAGCUAUUUAGGCCGCUGCACUUCAAUCUCUCACAUCUGCAAGGCCGUACCACAGCCAAGAUGUUGGGCAACGGCUCCGAAAUGCACCCGCGAGCAAGGGAUCACUGGCUGCCCGAUCAUCGAUCAUACCGAGCAGAACAUCCCUCGUUCCUUGAGGCAAGGAAAGCUGCCGCGUUGCAUUGCGUUCAAGUUGGUAGGAGGACCCCCUCAAACGAGCAAGCGUGCUGGCAAAGGCAGGGUCUUGCAGAGCUCGCAUUUCUCCCGCCUGCUCAUUGAGCUUCUUGAAUUCCGCCACCAGGAUGCUGCGCUGGUCGACUGA